AUGAGCAACAGAUUAUUUAGAUUAGAUGCUGGCUUCCAGCAAUAUGAUUGGGGAAAAAUUGGAUCGUCUUCGGCGGUGGCCCAAUUCGCGUCUCAUUCAGACCCAUCUGUCGCUAUCGAAGAAGAUAAACCUUACGCAGAACUCUGGAUGGGUACUCAUCACAAGGUUCCGUCACUGAAUCACGACACCAAACAAAACUUGCGCGAUCUGAUCGCAGCCGAGCCUGCGAAAAUGCUGGGUCAAGGGAAUGUUGAGAAGUUUGGAUCCGCAAAUGAAUUGCCAUUCCUUUUCAAGGUCCUUUCUAUCGAGAAGGUUUUGUCCAUCCAGGCCCAUCCAGACAAGGAACUCGCUAAAAAGCUACACAUGAAUGAUCCUAGCAACUAUCCCGAUGACAACCAUAAGCCUGAAAUGGCUAUUGCUGUGACGGACUUCGAGGGUUUCUGUGGAUUCAAACCGCUUGAAGAAAUUGCCGAUGAAUUGAAACGUAUCCCGGAGCUUAGAAACAUUGUCGGCGAAGAGGUUAGCAAUCAAUUUGUGGAAAAUUAUCGCGCUUCUGCCGUUGCUGGAUCCGCUGAAGACGCCGAGAACAGGAAGCUUCUUCAGAGUGUGUUUAGCAAGGUUAUGCAUGCUACUCAGGAGGAAAUUACAGCAAACUCAAGAUCGUUGAUUAAAAGAGCUAGCGACUCUCCUUCGGACUUUAACAAAAAAGAACUCCCCGAUCUGCUCAUUAGAUUGAAUAAGCAAUUUCCAGAUGAUGUUGGCCUAUUUUGCGGCGGUUUGCUAUUGAAUCAUUGUUCCUUGAAAGCUGGAGAGGCCAUAUUCCUCAGAGCAAAAGACCCUCAUGCCUACAUCAGUGGGGAUAUCAUCGAGUGUAUGGCUGCUUCUGACAAUGUUGUUAGGGCUGGAUUUACUCCCAAAUUCAAAGAUGUGACAAACCUUGUUGAUAUGCUAACGUAUGCUUAUGAUUCAGUUGAAGACCAAAAAAUGAAGUUAGAGGAAUUCCCCAGAUCAUCUGGUGACGGCAAAACUGUGCUUUACAACCCUCCUAUCGAGGAAUUUGCAGUGCUUGAAACAACGUUUAAGUCUGGCCCCGGAGUCAGACGUUUCGAAGGUUUGCAAGGUCCUAGCAUCUUGAUUACAACUAAGGGCAAUGGUUUCAUAAAGAGUGGCGAAACCAAGUUAAAGUCCGAGUCUGGUUAUGUCUUUUUCAUUGCGCCUGAAACCGAGGUUCAAGUUAUCGCAGAGGAUACUGAUUUUACCACCUACAGAGCUUUUGUUGAACCAAACUAA